GCUCCAGUCGGCGGGAGCCCAGGUGCCGGCGGGUAGGACGCACCCGAGGAUGUGCGGCUGGCAGCUGCUCCUGCUCUGGGGGCUGCUCCCCAGAGCGGCGGAGGGGGGCUCGGGGCAACCUUUCCCCCACCGCACCCUCCUGGACUCGGAGGGCAAGUACUGGCUGAGCUGGGGCCCGCGGGGCGGUCGGCUCGCCUUCCGCCUCGAGGUGCACACGGCCGGCUACGUGGGCUUCGGCUUCUCGCCCACCGGGGCCAUGGCUGCGGCCGACAUCGUCGUGGGCGGGGUGGCCCACGGGCGGCCCUACCUCCAGGAUUAUUUUACAAAUGCAAACAGAGAAUUGAAAAAAGAUGCUCAGCAAGAUUACCACCUAGAAUAUGCCAUGGAAAAUAGUACACACACAAUAAUUGAAUUUACCAGAGAACUGCAUACAUGUGACGGAAAUGACAAGAGUAUAACGGAGAGCACGAUGAGGGUGAUCUGGGCCUACCACCACGAAGACGUGGGAGCAGCGGGUCCCAAGUACCACAACUCCAAUCGUGGCACCAAGAGUCUGCGGUUAUUGAAUCCGGAGAAAACCAAUGUGUUGUCUACAGCCGUACCAUACUUUGACCUGGUAAAUCAGGACGUCCCCAUCCCAAACAAAGGUACAACUUACUGGUGCCAAAUGUUUAAGAUUCCUGUGCUCCAAGAAAAGCAUCAUGUUAUCAAGGUUGAGCCUGUGAUCCAGAGAGGCCACGAGAGUCUGGUCCAUCACAUCCUGCUCUAUCAGUGCAGCAGCAACUUCAGUGACAGCGUUAUGGACUUCGGCCACGAGUGCUACCACCCUAACAUGCCCGACGCCUUCCUCACCUGCGAGACCGUCAUUUUUGCCUGGGCCAUUGGUGGAGAGGGUUUUUCCUAUCCACCUCAUGUUGGAUUAUCCCUCGGCACUCCAUUAGAUCCUCAUUAUGUGCUUCUGGAAGUCCAUUAUGACAAUCCGACAUAUAAGGAAGGCUUAAUAGAUAAUUCUGGACUGAGGUUAUUUCACACGACAGAUAUAAGGAAAUACGAUGCCGGGGUGAUUGAGGCUGGCCUCUGGGUGAGCCUCUUCCAUACCAUCCCUCCAGGCCUGCCUGAGUUCCGGUCUGAGGGUCACUGCACGCUGGAAUGCCUGGAAGAGGCUCUGGAAGCCGAAAAGCCAAGUGGCAUCCACGUGUUUGCUGUCCUGCUCCACGCUCACCUGGCGGGCAGGGGCAUCAGGCUGCGUCAUUUUCGCAAAGGGGAGGAAAUGAGACUACUCGCCUAUGAUGACAAUUUUGACUUCAAUUUCCAGGAGUUUCAGUAUCUAAAGGAAGAGCAAACAAUCUUACCAGGAGAUAAUCUAAUUACUGAGUGUCGCUACAACACAAAAGAUAGAGCCCGGAUGACUUGGGGAGGAUUAAGCACCAGGAAUGAAAUGUGUCUUUCAUACCUUCUUUAUUACCCAAGAAUUAAUCUUACUCGAUGUGCAAGUAUUCCAGACAUUAUGGAACAGCUUCAGUUCAUUGGUGUUAAGGAGAUCUACAGGCCAGUCACGACCUGGCCUUUCAUUAUCAAAAGCCCCAAGCAGUAUAAAAACCUUUCUUUCAUGGAUGCAAUGAAUAAGUUUAAAUGGACUAAGAAGGAAGGUCUCGCCUUCAAUAAGCUUGUCCUCAGCCUACCGGUGAACGUGAGAUGUUCAAAGACAGACAACGCAGAGUGGUCGAUUCAAGGGAUGACAGCCUUACCUCCAGAUAUAGAAAGACCCUAUAAAGCGGAGCCUGUGGUGUGUGCAGCAUCUUCCUCUUCUUUGCACGGAAGUGUCUCUCUCAAGCUGCUUCUGUGGUCCUCGGUCCUGGGCGGGGCGCUAAGCAUCUCCCGCUCGUGGCCGUAAUCCUGUUGUGCUCGGGGACCACGUUUUCUGUGAUCUGAACCAGACAUUGAAUGUGCAGGUUAGAGACACUUUGGGCGUGAGGGCUGAGCGUGAAGGGGGUGGAGGCCUUCCUUUCCACGUCCCCUGCCUCCCCUCCCCGUCCUUCUCAGGCUCUUUGAGAGAUGUCCGUUGGCUUCUCGUCUUUUGCUCAGAAAUGUCUGAUAAAAUGUAUCCAUCGCCAAAUAAAGCAAAACUGGCCUGACUUAACCUUUAAAAAAAAAAAAAUUUGGACAAGUCAAGUGAAAGUACAAGAAUUAUUUCCUUCUGUGUUUUAUUUUAUUGAAAUACUCAUGGUUGCUGUUUUACUUUUUAAAAUGUUUGAGUUGGUUUCUAUAUUCCUCUUUAAAAAUGUUUUCAUCUUAAAGAUGUAAAAGGAGGUACUCUCCAUCCAGUUUGCUUCCUCUUUUUUGCUCUCUGGGUGUGAUUUCCUCAGUAUAACGGCGGGCCCUCCCAUCUUGCGGCGUUUUUCCGGUUCUGUCCUUUUCUGUGAAUUACCUGUGGGACCCUGACCUCAGCGCUUUCUGAUGAUGCCCGUUCUUUGUUUCCUCAGUCUCUUGGUCCUCCCAAACUAUCCUGACCCCAUCUCAGAGUACUUUUCUUUUUUCCUUCCCUGCUCAGCACUGGCCAGGUGAGUUUUUUCCUUGAGCUCUGACACUGUCUAAAAAGAAAGGCUAUGGGAAACACAGGCAUGUACCUAACUGAUGGUAGGCUGAGGAGAAAAUGUAGCUGGCUGCAGAUGCUGUGCUGUGAGGGGUCUUUUAUGAGGGUCCAGGUCAAAGGGCAGAUAGUGUGAACCAGCUGAGGAGGGUUUGAGGUCCCCCUAGUACCUCCCUGACCACGUGGCUUGUAACACGUGCUGCAUACUGGCUCAAUUUGAGUCACAGUUGCUAUUGUAGAUUUAUUUUUAUAUUAGUUAAUAAACUAACUUUCUAUAAGAAAAUUGUCACCACUUGAAAAUCUUGUCACCUUUUUUGUUUCCCUUUGUAUAGAUCAGCCAAAUCUUGUUUUGUGUCUUUUGCUCAUUUCUUAAGCUAAAUCCUGUUUGGAUCAUAUUAAUAAACUAAAUAAAAUUAAA